AUGGAGUACCCAGUGGGCAACAUCACCAAUGAGGACUUCCUGGCCAUGAUAGGCAAUGUCACGGGCCUGGCGGAGCCGACAGGGGGCGCCAAUGACACCCUCAUCAACGCCACCCUGUCGCCAAUCUCCACCACGAGCGCCGCCGCCAUUCCCGGCAUCUAUCCCAGCGGCUACACGAUAGCGCACAUCGUGUUCGCCUCCAUCGUGGUCACCAUCCUCAUGGUGAUCAUCGUGGUGGGCAACAUGCUGGUGAUCAUCGCCAUUGCCACGGAGAAAUCGCUGAAGAACAUCCAGAACUGGUUCAUUGCGUCACUCGCCGUGGCGGACUUCUUCCUCGGCCUCGUCAUCAUGCCCUUCUCGCUGGCCAACGAGCUCAUGGGCUACUGGAUCUUCGGCGCCUGGUGGUGCGACAUCCACUCCGCCAUGGACGUCCUCCUGUGCACAUCCAGCAUCAUGAAUCUGUGCCUGAUCUCCCUGGACAGGUACUGGAGCAUCACGAAGGCCGUGGAGUAUCUCAAGACCAGAACACCCGCGCGCGCCGCCAUCAUGAUCACCGCCGUGUGGAUAAUGUCCGGCCUCAUCUGCAUCCCACCGUUGCUGGGCUGGAAGGCCAAGCAGCCCGAAGGACCUUUGCCGCAGUGCCAGCUGAGCGAGGAUCUUGGCUAUGUGCUGUACUCAGCCCUUGGCUCCUUCUACAUCCCCAGCUGCAUCAUGGUGUUCGUGUACAUCAGGAUCUACUUCGCUGCGAAGCGGAGAGCGCGACGCGGCAUCAAGAAACCGCCUAGGAAGUCAGCCACGAAUGAGCAGGUGACCAGCUUCACGACCAGUCCAUGCAAAGCCGGGACACGUCCAAUGCCCUCAGUGCCUAGUACGGCGCCCAACACGCCGGUACAAACGCAGCCCGACCCGCCAAAGCUGCAGCCCUCGAUCGCGACGAUCGAGGCGCGCGCCAACGCGGCCAACUCGCCCUCCGUCAUGGCCAUCCCCAACAUCACGUGCGACUUCGCGUCGGACGUGUCCACGAGCGAGGCGUGCGACGCCGUGGAUCCCAACUACGGCAAGGACACCCUCAAGGUCAGCACGAUCGUGACGACGCACGCGCCGGGCAUUCGCGCCUCGUCAAAUGGCACGGCGUCCAACGACAUGCCGACCACGGUCGGCCGAUGCAGGGCCCUGUCCGUGGGCAUCGACACGGACAUGGUCAGUGAAUUCGAUCCGUCGAGCUCGGACUCGGGCGUGGUGAGUAGAUGUGCAGUUGUAAAACCACUUAAGAUGAAACUUUGUCAACCAAUUUUCGGGAAAAAGAACCACCGCAAGAAGGACCCGCAAAAGCACACCCAAAUUCACAUGCACAAGCCCUCCGUGGGCGCCAUGGAGCUGGAGCCGGCGAUACCCAAGAUCCAGAAGCAGCGCGAUCCGGAGAAGGAGAAGCGACGCAUCGCAAGGAAGAAGGAGAAGCGCGCCACGCUGAUUCUCGGCCUGAUCAUGGGCAGCUUCAUUGCCUGCUGGCUGCCCUUCUUCUUCCUCUACAUCCUCACGCCGCUGUGCACAAAGUGCCAAAUACCCGAGUCCGCCUUCGCCAUCGCCUUCUGGCUCGGCUACAUGAACUCCGCCCUCAAUCCCGCCAUCUACACCAUCUUCAACAAGGACUUCCGGCGCGCCUUCCGCCGCAUCCUCUUCAAGUGA